AUGUUAUUCAUUGUGCUUAUCGUCGGUAUUGUGUCACCGAUAGAUUCUAUCUAUCAAUCAAAUAUGGAAUUUACUUCUAUGGGAUUAGAAUAUGCACCGAAAAAGAAUAUUCAGUUAAUAACAACGAACACAAUUCAAACUAAACUUCUCUGUGCAGCAGUAUGCAAUCAACUAUCAUCUUGUCGCAUAUUCGAUUAUGAUUUGAUUUCAAAACAAUGUCGUCUAUUUGAAGGGGAUUCUACAACAGGAUCCAUUAUUUCUUCAUCUUCAUCAACAUCUAUUGUUGGUAUUGUUCGUAUUUCAUCAACUUUUUAUUCAUCAGUUCAUGAUCAAUAUUGUCAAGCAUGUCAAGAAAAUCGAUAUGAAGUUUGUUUUACAAAUGCAGGUAAAUGUCAAUGUCCAGUAAAUACAUAUUGGAAUGGAUUAAUCUGUGCACUACAAUUGUUUGAAAAUGAUACAUGCACACAACGAGAUGCAUGUCGAUCAGAUUUGAAUCUUACUUGUACAACAGAUUGUUAUGGAUACUGGCCAAAAUGUUUACCAUUCGUUUUUGAGAAUACAACCCUUUUACCAAUGUCCUUUGGUGUAACAAUAGCUGGUGGAUGUAAUGGCAAUUCUAGUACAAAUCAAACAAUAUUAAGCGCCCAAGCAGACAUCUUAUUAGGUUAUAAUAAUACAUUAUAUGUCGGAGAUAAUACCAACCAACUUUAUAUGUUCCAUCUCAAUAAUCGUACAGGUCAAGCACUUAGAAGUUUUGGCAGUUGGCCUUCAUUUCUCGUUCUUGAUAAUAAAACUUCAAACAUUUAUAUUACUAUCAUGUACGCUCAUCUUGCAUACAUAUGGCCAACGAAUAAAACUAUUCCACCGAGUGGCAUAUCCUACAGUAACUGUUCAAUGAACUGGUUAUACUUUCCGACAGGAAUCGCUGUUGAUAGCCUGGGAAAUGUUUAUAUAUCCAGUUAUUCUUGCAAUUGGAUAACUAAAUGGGCACCAAAUGCUACUAGUGGUACACUUGUAGCUGGAUCAUCAUCAGGUACAGCAGGUUCUGAUAGUUUAUCAUUGAAUGUACCGUAUGGUCUUGCUUUGGAUGAAUUUAAUUCAUAUAUAUAUGUGGCUGAUCGCUCUAAUCAUCGUAUACAACGAUUUGCUUUGAAUGGUUCAGGCGUUGGAGUAACGGUUGCUGGUGGAAAUGGUUCAGGUUUGGCUGCUAAUAAGCUAUUUCGUCCAACGGAUUUAUAUAUUUCCAGAUUAGAUGGUUCAGUUUACAUUGCUGAUUGUUACAAUAACAGAAUUCAAAAAUGGCAAAAGAAUGCAACAUUUGGUGUUACUAUUGCGGGAAGUUCAAUGGGAAUAGCAGGUCGCACACCAUACUUACUGAGUUUUGCCUAUGGUUUAGCAGUUGAUUAUGAAGAAAACUAUUUGUAUGUAUCAGACAGUAACAAUAAUCGCAUUCAACGCUUUUCGCUUCAUUAA